GUCAGUCACGGUGCCAGUCAUACACCAACUCUAAGACAGAGUUACUGAGGCAGUGGUUUGUCCAUGUGUGGGAACAACUAAUCAAGAGUGCCACUCCUCAGGGAUGUUCCCCAGAGGACACCUCAGUGGUCAUGAUGAACCAAACACAUCAGAGCUACUUCAACUCUCGCCCAAGACGCAAGACCUGCGGAAGAAGAGAUCACAGAGCCCAAAAGUGGGGCAAAGCCUGCACAGAGCACUGCAGAAGUGCCUGCAGGGGGCAGAUGAUAAUGACCUGUCAUCAGUGGAUACUACCUGCAGUACAGCUGACCUUACCCCAUCUGGGGAAAACAGCAGUUCUGAUUGCCAGGAUAGCAUUGGGAUUUUGGACAAAGCUAUAAGCGGGCUAAUUGAAAGGACCAACAAUAAGGGAGAUAAUUUAGAGAUGGAGGAUGAGGAAGCUGAACAAGGCUCAAGUAACGUUGUGGAACAUAUCCUGAAAGAGCUAAAAGGCAUCAACAAGAUCCAGGAAGAAAUUUCUGACCUGAGGCUUUAUCUAACAUCUGUGCGAGGCUCAGUGGAUGAAGUAUCUUGCUGUGUCGAUGCAGUGCUCAGUGAAAUAGGUGAGCUAUACACUGGGGCCUCAGCUGCAUCUCAUCCUAGUCCUGUUUCUGAAACACCCCAUAUCAGGCGAGGAAGCCUGGGUAGACAGAAUGCCAUCACAUCUCUUUAUUGUAGAGAAACUAGUCCAGUGUUGGACUGUACACCAUCUCACAGAACAUUCAAACAUUGGCACAUUGAUGGAAACACUCUCAGUCAGUCAGACAACCAAACAGACCAAGAGAACCAAGAGCAGAAUUUAAACAUGUACAUGCCACGUCCUACAAACGCUGACCUCUGUUACCUGGAGUUUCAUCGUGGCCAUGACUACCAAAGCACCAGCUCUUUGUCAUCUUAUCACAGUUCCAACUGUCCAGAAGUAGGCUUUCAUUCUGGUGACACAGAGUUUGACAGAUGGCCCUCUGCUGAUAUGCAGCACAGUAGAAGUGGAGAAGGAGGUUGGAGUGAGGACGAUAUCUGCUCCUGUGCAAACAGUGGAGAAGAGGUAGACAGUUGUCUACGUGCUUGGGACAGGUGUGUCACAGAGGACACACAGAGCAGUACAACAGGUCAUUCUUCACACAACAGCUCUGAGCAUCUCUCAUCGCUGUUUGGACUCCAUAAUAACUCUCCUUCCAGCUCUCCUAGUACGGUGGACUCGAGGCCCCCUAGACUACAAACUGAGGAAGAAAACCUGGACAGUAACUAUGCUGCAAACUGUCCAUACUCAUAUAGUUCAGGUUAUCGCACCAUGGAUGCCUGUCCAAAUGAAAUGGACAGUGGGCCCUCCAGGAGCCUGAGUGGCUCCACUGUGCUUUUGACAGAUGGUGAUGAUCGUCCAUCAUCUGGUCAUACUCUUGAUCUAGGGUCUGCUGAGAGUUUGGAAAGGGAGUGGACAGAUCCCAGCAUCUCCAGGGGUGACGGAGGUGAAUCUUUGUCUCUGGUGUCAUCUGAAAUGGAUUCUGAGGGCACACCCAAGACCCCUAAUGUAGGUUUUGAUGCAACAACUUUUAGCAUGGCUGUGCUCACUUUCAGGUCAGCUUUGAAAGGGGCUUUAAAAAAGUUGGAUGGGUCCAACCCUGAAGAUGGGAAAGAUGUCAGUGGGUCUGAGGCAUCCCCAUCUCCUAUCAGGCAAGCCAGUGAAUCCAAGGAGAAGCAGAGUGAUUCAGAGUAUACAGAGAGAGACCGUAGUCUAGUUGAGAAUCACGACCAAUUCGGCACUCCAAAGGAGGACAGUGAGGCUUCGGUCUAUGUAGAUUAUGGGGAAGCUCCUGAAAACCUGUCAUUGAUUCUUCAAACAUCCCCCCAUCAACCAAAUCUCUCUCCGGGCACCCCUACUCAGUAUCACUUUGUAGAAAUUUCACAGGUAAAAGAAGAAUGUCCAACAGAUGGGGAACCGUCCAAACUUGACCAAACGCCAGACUGUUGUCCACCAAGGCAAAGCGAGAGUCCAAAGGGUCUAGUGCUCAAUACAGAUGAAGUGCGGUUAAGUCCAAUCAGGGAAAACCAUGUUCUUGAUGAGGUCAAUCAAGGAAAGCCUACUGAUGCCAGUCACAGAGAACGCAUCAAUAAUUUCCAGCGCAUUCUGAAAGAAAAGAGGCAAACUCGUAAUAGACUGUCCAAAUCUGCUCAGGGGUCCCAAGGCUCUCACGGGUCUCAAGGGUCUCAGGGAUCCCAAUCUCAAGACGAGUUCAUCCCAGAGUAUUGGAGAGAAGAUGAUCAGGUUACUCAUUAAACUUUGGCUCCACAUUUAAGCCACUCUUCUCUGUUGAAGUCAUUUGUAGUCCGAUAAUUGUGAUUAUUUUUUUACCCCAUUAUUUGUUUUGCCUGUUUUUGUUAAAACCGUUAAAAAAAAAAAACUAAAUUGAACUGAAAAUCGUUAUGGAAAAUUUGGUAACGUUUGUACACACUUCUAAUCAUAUGGCACAGUGUGCAAAUACUAGAGGUUAAGGUAGUUAUGCAAGAUUUAUUGAAGCCUUGAUUUUGUUACUCUUUAAAAGAAUAUGUCCUAUCACUUCACUUAUUCUGUAUAAUAAAUUGUUUAUCUUUUGAUUGAUUGAUGUUGGACUGUAGCUUUAGAGUAUGAUUCCCCAUGUCUGUUUCAAGUGCUAAUGGAAAUUGCGCUGGUCAUGUUUUUCCCAAAAGUUUUUCAAAUGCUAUCAAAAACUUAUACAAGGAAAGAGAAUCCUAGAGGGAUCUCUUCUUUGAACUUCUUUCAUCAGAGACAGAUGCACAGACACUGAUGAAAGAUUGUACCUCUGAGGAAGAAGUAAAAGACCUUGUGCACAUGUGUCGUCUGGCAGGCUGAAGCUUGGUGAUUAUGUAAAAUCUUUGCAAAGACUUGCUUUUAUCUACUGCUAAGUUAUCCGGGGUGUCUCUAAGAAAAGUCUGCAGGCAAUUCAAACUGAUUUUUAUUGGCAUCUUGGUCCGUGAAAUACAACUUUGUCUGUGAUUUUGUAUCUGCAUAAUGUUGGACUACCAUUACAUUCCAUGUUACAUCUUGUGCAAUUAAAGACUUCAUCAAUGUUUAUUUGUGCCUUUUGUUUUUUAAAAGUAUCCCCACUUAUUUCUAUUUUAUUUUACA